AGAGUGAGAGCGAUAUGAUUUGGGGCAGAGAAGAAAACCUAAAGCUCACACUCACAAGUCACACCUUUUUUGUUACUAUUUCACGCGUGCUUUGUUCUUCCUUUGUCUCCCUAUUUCACAACCCAAGAACCCUUUCCAUAAUAACUUAUACUAUAAUAAAAUAUGAAAACACUAAUCAUAAUUAUAGUAUGUAUUCACACACAUAUACAUAAUCGACCUAUAUAUAUAGGCAUACACACUUAGGAGCCUUUGUGCACUGCUUCAUUCUCUUGAACUAAGUAUUAUCUUGGAGGGAGUUUCUUUUUCUAAGGGAUUAAGCUUGGAUAUAUUGAGUUUUUAAGAUCAUGUCUAUGUCAGUGGAGAUAAGAGUUCCAAACUUGGAUUGUGAAGGAUGUGCUUCUAAGCUUAAGAAGACUCUACUCAAGCUUAAAGGAGUAGAAGAAGUGGAAGUAGAGAUGGAAACCCAAAAAGUGACGGCUCGAGGAUACCGGUUAGAGGAGAAGAAGGUAUUGAAAGCGGUACGGCGGGCUGGUAAGGCGGCUGAAUUGUGGCCAUACCGGUUAGGUAAUAGCCAUUUUGCCUCUUUCUAUAAAUAUCCUUCUUAUGUGACCAACCACUAUUACUCUGAUGCACACCGUACGGAUCCCACCGGUGGUGUCCACACUUUUUUCCACACUCCCGCGGUUUACUCCGUUGCGGUGGCCGGUGAUGAGAUCGCGGCUUCGAUGUUUAGCGAUGAUAAUCCCCAUGCUUGUACUAUUAUGUAAUUUUUUUUUCUAGUAUACAAAAUAUGUUUUCUAGUAUACAAAAUAUGUUUUCUGUUUUCCACCAAAAAAAAAAAAAAUGUUUUCUGUUUAUCUUUCCUUGUCCAAAUUUGAUGUGAUGUGAUCUUUUUUGUAUAACUAAUGUUGGAAUGAGAAAGUAAACUAUGUUGUUUUCA